AUCAAAUACCCGCCGGCUCCUCCUCCUCACCACCAACUCCACUCCUCCUCCUCCUCUUCCUUCUACCCUCCACCGGAUCUCCCUCUCACACCCGGCUGCUUCUUCUCCCCAGCUGCCGAAGAAGAGGGAGCCCGCGCGUCUGUGAUCAUGGCAACCCUGCGCCCGUCCCAGCGCGGCCGCCGUGUGCCGCCCUUACAGCAGCGCUCGUCCACGAUGCAAGACUCGCUCCCGCCCGCACGCAGGCGGUCCUCUGUCGCGGCGCUGAGCGGGUCCGAGGCCGACGACGCAGAGGCGCUGGAUCUGCUCUCGCUGCAGGCCACGGCCACCUCGUCCAGCUCGCAGUACCAGUACUCGACCCUCUCGCCGUCGUCGACGUCCUCGUCCGGCAGCGCGAGCCAGGGACAAAUAUGGCCUGCGUCGGGAACCUCGGCGGCCGCGGCAGCGCGCACAAGGCAUUACGAUACAAACGCGAAAUCUUUCUUGACCGGCAUGCAGUUCUACUCGCCCAGCGCACAUUCCGCAUCCCAGCACCAGCAGCAGCCAGAGCGGCCGACGGUCGUGCUCACGAACGCGUCUGGCUCGUCGUUUGGAAGCGGCGCGAGCGGAUCUACGAGUAGCAGCGCGAGUAGCAGCAACGGCCACCUCCGCAGCAAGAGCGCAAACACAUCCAAGAUCUCUCUGAAUUCCCUCGACAACCCAGCAGGAGACGACGAAGGCGAGCCAGCGAAACUGCCCCGGCGCAAUCGGACUACGCGACGGCAGGUACAAUUGUCGCCGACGCCGACGACGCAGACGACGAGUAAAGGCCGAAUGAAUAUCGAGAUCUCGGAUGCCGAUGUUGCGCGGGUAGCGAAUCUGGUGAUUCAUCUACGUGACUCUCGAGCCGUUUCUAGCUCGAGUGCGAAAAAGAGACAGAAAAUUGCUUUGGACCAAAGUGACUCUAUUGAACCCUCGCCUGCCACCGAGCGACGAGUACUGAAGACCAAGACCUGGCUCGAACUACACGCAGCCUACAUCUCACAAAGCCAAGUGGCACAACACCACUCUGCGCUCGUGAACCACCGCGGCGUCGACGGAGUCUACAACCCGCUGCAAAUCAUCCGGAACCGACUCGUGCGCAAAGCGCUUAACCACUCGCUCGACAUGCAACCGGUCGCGAUCGUGACGCCGGCGUCGACGGCGUAUAACAGUAACCCUGCGCGGCCGAUUAUCUGGGAGGUUGACGUGAACGAGAUGUUUGCCGACUGGGGAUGGCGGGAACGGAACCGGACGCUGAUGAGAGACCGCAGUAAUAGACUGCUGUACGAGCCGAUGCUCCGAGACGAGGACGCGCGGCGUCACGGACACAAGCGGUCUGACACUGCCGAAGACGAGGAGUACUCCGGCUCUGAUCUGUCUGGCGACGAGGAGUCGGACGAAGACGCAAAAGGAGGAAGACUACAUGGCCGACUUCGACGACACCGGCAUCAUCGGCACGACGGCGCGUCUCGUAGGCGGGUCGUCAAGAUCUUGCCUGAUUUCGGACUCACUCGCGAGAUUGAGUACCAGUUGACGAAACGGCAGAUGAAGGCAGCUGCCAGCCAGAUGGAGAAAGGAGCGAGACGACGCCGGGUCGCGAACGAGGAAGAUGAGGACGACGAGGCGUAUGAUUCGUACGAGUCGUCGUCGGGUGAAUCUUACACGUCCUCCGACACCGACAGUGACGACGCAUCAUCUCAGGCGUACUCAGAAGGCGCGGUCUCGGACGCCGUAUUUGAAGAAGCAGUGCACUCGUCCGGCGCGUCGUCGACAAAUCGCAAGCUCGGCUUCCGAAAAGGCCAUCACCACCACCGUCUCCACCGGCGCGGCCGCCGGCGCGCGUCCGAAGCCGGCCAGUUUUCACCUUCGGGAUCGCGGUCUGCGUCGCCGGUGAAGUCGCGGCCGGGAUCGCCGGGAUCGAAGAAGACUACGCCCGUGAGCGCGGAGCCGCUGGUUAGUCCGGAUGGGUUGCUUGCGGUGCCGAGUUUGGGGCUUUCGUCGGCGGGAGGAGCAGGAGGAAGUAGCGGUCAUGUUUCUGACGGCGGGGUGUCGAUCAGGAAGAGCAAGAAGUCGAAAUCGCCAUCUCGUCGGCCGCGGUCGUUUCAUCGCUCACACUCGCGGUCGAGCUCGUCGACGACCGCCGACCUGAGCUUAUCAAACAGUACAACUCGAAGCACCAACGGCCGGCAAGACCAGAAGCUUUUGUCGCCGCAGUACAGGGACUCUAAUGUUUCCAAAGUCGUGUUUUCCCCCGCGCACGGCUCGACGGCCACCGUAUCCACGCCGCUUCUCUCGCCUGCCAGCGGAAACGACUUACACCCGCUCACCCGGAUCCGUCCGGAAAGCGACGUCGAAGACCCAGCAGGUGAGACAUCAGCCGACGGCGGCGCGUCGACGCCUGCGCUGUCAUCGCGGGCGGAGGGCGCGCGGGCGGGGUUGGCGGAGCUGGUGCAGGAGCUGCGGUGGCUUGAUGCGCAGUUUGCGGUGCAGGGCAGACGGGCGGCGGUUGUGUGUACUGUGUAUCAGCGGUCGAUCAGCCGGUUGGCUGAUACUAGUGCUGUUGGCAAGUCGAGCGAGGGUAAACGCGAGGAAGACUCUGCAGCGGUGGACGACGACGACGAGGACGACAGCGAAUCGAUUCCCGCGCUGAGAAACUCGUUUGAAACAGUAACCUCGCACUUCAAAGACGUGACGCUAACCGCGAGCAAAGCCGCCUUAUCAACCCUCUCGUCCCGGGCCGACGCGCUAACCUCCGCGUUCUCGACCUCGUUCCGCUCACGGUUCGACUUUGCAAUCUCGGCCUCGGACCGGCUCUCGGCGGAGAUCAACACGACGCUGAGCCUGCAAGUGCGCCGGCUGGGCGAGGAACUCGAGUACGUCGAAAAGGAAGGCGCGAGUUCGCGCCGGCGCGCGUAUAUGAAGAACGAGCUCAAGCAGGUUGGGUUUGUGGUGCUUGAUAAGGCGGUCACGGGGGUGCUGUGGAUGGUGUGGGGGGUUGUCAUGGUCCUGCGCGUCCUGCGGUCUGUUGUCAGGGCGGCGUUGUAUGUUUUGAGGAUCAUCAUCUGGUGUUGAGUCCCUUUUUUUUUGACUCAACAUUUUUUGACUCAACAUCAGAUGGAGAUAGGGUGGAAAUUGGGUCGGGCAUAUUUUUCGUUUUUUGUUGUAAAAUCAUUGGUUUUGCGGAGUUUCUGUCGUUUGUAUUCAUUAGUUUUUCUCACAAGUUUCAUCCACACACGGUCUUUUUUCAUUAGAUGCGCAAUGUCAUUUUUAGUUCAUUUCGGUAUAUACAACAAUUACUGUAGGCAUCUCCCACUCACCAC